UAACAUCGUGGAUACUGUAGGAAUCUAACCCUGGUCAACACUGGCUGACAGAUCAACUAUGGUUGACGUCUACAGAUGAGAAGGGUUAGUUAGUGACAAUCAGUGUGUAACGCGGUCGGGCACGCGAGUGGUGGCGGCAAUAAAUAUGAUUAUUAGCCGCCAGUGAUUUGUUUUAUUUUUAAUCCGGGGUAUUUACCUGGCUUGCUUCGGAAUGGCCUUGUUCAGCAGCUCCUGUUCGUAGUCGUUCACCUUGGACAGACCAAGGCUCUUCUCGAGACUGUUCUUGUCCAGCAGCAGCGGCUAUGAGAAAACUGGCAACAUGGCUGUUAUCAACAGAGAAACAAAAUAAAACUAGCAAAACAUAGCUGAACGUCGGUGGUUUAUCUGUUGCUCCAUCGUACAAGACACGAUUCUACGCACCAUGACCACCACAACCCCCACACUCCUGGAGAUCUGCAUCGAUUCGUACGACUCGGCCGUGGCCGCCAUCCGAGGGGGCGCCAAUCGGCUGGAACUGUGUGCCGCCCUCAGCGAAGGGGGCCUCACGCCAACGGUUGGCCUGCUGCAGGAAGUUCGUAAGCUGAUCGACGACGUCCGACCCGUUCACCUGUACGCCAUGAUCCGGUGCCGGCGGGGAAGUGACUUUUGCUUCAGCGACCCGGAGCUCGCGAUUAUGGUGGCCGAUCUGCGCUUGUUGGCCGAACAUGGCGCCGAUGGGUUCGUGUUUGGUGCGCUGACGGAGCAGGCCGAGAUCCACCGGGAGCACUGCCGGUUGAUUGCGGAAGAGGCGCUGAGGUUGGGCAAACCGGUUACGUUUCACCGGGCGUUUGAUUGCACGGCAGUGGACAGGAUGGGCGAUAAUCUGCGGCUCGUUGGUUCGCUGGGCUUUACGACGAUCUUGACCAGUGGGUUCGAGAGCACUGCGGUGCGAGGACUCGAGAAUAUCCAGCGAUUGGCGGAGUUGGCAAAGGAUCUAGCGACUCCGGUCACCAUCAUGCCAGGAUCUGGAGUUUCUCCGGCUAAUGCAAGGGAUAUUCUUCAGCAGACCGGAUGCCGGGCUAUUCAUGCGUCGGCCAGAUCGGCUUCCAAGAAAGGGGGAGCAGGCGGUUUGUCCAUGGGAGGUAGCGCAGCGGAUGGAGAAGGUUUGCUCGUGUGUGAUGAGGUGAUUGUGCGGGAAAUUAGAAAGCAAAUAAAUAAUUUGUAAAUUAUUGACGGAGAUGCACCCGUCUACAA